UCCGGGGCAGGCCGCUCAAGCACUCAUCGCCGCUCAGUCUCCACACGAUAUAGCUCGUGCAACAGGGGCUGCAUCAGUCACCGAUCGAGCCCCCAUGGGAGAUCGAGCGUCCAGGUCAAGCAUAGGACCGCUCGAGCGGCCACAGGAGAUCUAGCGGAUUAUAAUAAGGCUGCGGAGACGGAAGCUGCAUCCUCCGAGGAUUGAGCGGCCAUUUACGCUCGAACGGUUCUGGACGGGAGAGUUUUCCGAGAUUGAUUAAAAUUAGGUUUUACUUUUGAUUCCUAGAUGGAUAUAAAGGGGGGCCGGCCCAUGAGUUUAGGGUUGGACACACUUUUUCUGGGGGUAUAAAGUCCCGAAUUUUGUUCUGUCGAAUAAUCUCUCUCUGUGACUUUCAGACUGAACAUUUGAUUCAGACUUUUCGGGAGAGUUGGAGAUGGACAAGGAAGGGUUCUUGAAGGAGUAUGGGGAAGAUUACGGCUACCCGAACGGACCCAAGUCUAUCGAUGAAAUACGAGCAACCGAGUUCAAGCGAUUGCAAAAUGGUACUGUGUACUUGGACCAUGCUGGAGCAACAUUGUACUCUGAAUUGCAGAUGGAGGCAAUUUUAAAAGACCUCACGUCUAGUGUUUGCGGAAAUCCUCGUAUCCGCUAUAUGCUAUAUCUUUUCAUGUUAUGUUUGGAUAAACUAAAUUUUUGGGACCUUGGUAGUAUGUCGCUCAGUGAACAUUGUUUGAAGGAAGUUUUGAAAACACCCUUUUAAAAUUCAUUGGUGGAAAGGUAGAAGUUUUCAUCUUGGGACUAUUCUCAAUUAUGUGCCAUCAAGUGCUAUCUUAAUUUAAGAUAGACAGCCAAAGCGACUCGAGUUUGGCCACUUCUGACAUUGUUUUAUGUUUUGUUGCCCUGUUACUACAAGGAUAUGCGGAUAUCUUUCUUUUUUGAUGCAGGUACUUGAGUACUUCAAUGCAUCUCCAAGAGACUACAAAUGCAUAUUUACCUCUGGGGCAACAGCGGCACUGAAGCUGGUGGGGGAGGCCUUUCCAUGGGAUCAUAUAAAAGCUGUUUUAUGUACACCAUGGAGAAUCAUAACAGCGUAUUAGGAAUAAGAGAAUAUGCUCUUAGUCAAGGAGCUGCCGCCUUUGCCAUUGAUAUUGAAGAGGAAUUGCAUCAUAGUGGAAUAUGCGACGCACACUCUGUCAAGAUGUCUCAGCACCCGGUGCAAAGGAGGAAGGAUGCUAGAUCUCUUGAAAGAGAUCCAACAGGAAUGGCUCAAGCUACAUUGACACUUUGGGAUUUGCAUCAUUGACUGUAUGGAAUAUGAAGACUUGGAAAGCCAUGACGGUUCUUCCUCUUGGUGAAGAUCCACCAGCAAUUACCUCCCUCUGCUUCAAUCACAAUGGAAAGAUUUUGGCGGCCUCUGCAACUGAUGGAAUGAUCCACAUGUUUGACAUGUCUGCAGGUCUACAAAUUACUGGCUGGCCUGCACAUGAUUCUGCUAUAAGCUCGAUUCUUUUCGGGACUGAUGAAACAAGCAUUUUCAGUUUGGGGUUAGAUGGGAGGGUAUUUGAAUGGAGCUUGCAAAAUCCAGGUCAGGUCCUUUGGUCAAGAGACUGUCGGAGAUUUUUUGACCCCAAGGCCUCAAGAUAUUGUAGACAUGAAAUGGCUUUGGAUGCUCAUGGUAGAAGAUUAUUGGUAACAUCUAGUUCAGUUAAAGCACCAAUAUAUCAGGUUCGAGGGCCCUUGGAGGAAAUGAAAACGCUUGCACAUAAUGCAGCCAUAACAACUGUGGAUUGGCACCCAACAUUGCGUAUUUUCUUGACAGUAUUGCAAAAGGAAAAUAAAACUUGUUAUUCAAUUACCAAAAGAUAUUAAAUGAAAAUACAAUGCAAAUGAUAUUCAUUAUACUAUUACCGUUAUCACGGUGGCACAACCUGUACCCUUCCUAGGGUUCAUUUUGAAUUUCUUGAUUGAUUCAAUCAAGUUACUUGCUAUUGCCCUGGACCAAUUGUAGG